UAAUUUUCUCGACAAACAAGGUGUUAGUAGUGACGGCAAAGAAAAAGAAGAGACUCCAACCAAUUUUCCGUCCAAAUGUAUGUCUCCGUCAAUCUCUCCGGCAGACAAGCGUCGAACAUGAACUCCCAAAUCUAGGCCACUACAUUGUCGCUCAUCUUUGCUUUUCUCUUCUUAGUUGAUGAUUUUAUACUGAACUCAAGUCUUAAUGGAUCGAGCGCGAACUGCAAGUCCGAGUCAGUUAAGGAAAUGGAGCAGCGAAUCCGGAGCUCCCAUGGCUGCUCUUACUGUCGGCUCUUCAUCUCCAAGACAUGGCCGCUCUUCCUCUAUCACCGGAAUGUCUAACAUUAAGCGCACUCAGAAUGUUGCUGCCAAAGCUGCUGCCCAGCGCCUUGCUCAAGUCAUGGCCUCUCAAGCAGCCACUGGCAAUGAUGACGAUGAAGAUGGUGAUGAUGAUCUAGGAUUCCGAUUUUCCGCUCCUCCACCUCCCUCUUUUUCCAGGUCCAAGGUCAGCACUGCUGCCAAUAGCUCUAGUGAUAGCAAUGCUAUCAACCCUGUUAUUCAGUCGGCUAAGUUAAAUACCAGAUCAUCUUCACCUGCGCUAGCUAGGAAUAUUGUUGAGGAAUUGCCGUCUCUUCGUUCAACAUCAGCAGGAAGACCAACUGUCCCAUCUCGUCCUCCACCUUCAAUACCAAGUACCCAACAGCCUGUAAGGACUCCUUCACCUAUACCACCAAUCGAUCCUCCAACCAACAAGCUGAGAGAGAAAAGAUUCUCUCCAGAUUUAAGACAAGUUAACUUGAAAGACACAGGAGAUCACCGUGCUGCUUCCGCGCUUCGUGAUGAACUUGAUAUGCUACAAGAAGAAAAUGAAAAUCUUCUUGGAAAGCUUAGAGUUGCCGAAACGAGUUAUGAGGAGGCAGAAGCUAGAGUGAAGGAGCUUGAGAAACAGGUUGCAGCACUUGGAGAAGGAGUAUCUUUAGAAGCAAAGUUGUUAAGCAGGAAGGAAGCCUCUUUGCGCCAAAGGGAGGCUGCACUGAAAGAUGCAAAACAAGCAAAGAAUGGGAUAGAUGCGGAACUUGCAAGUCUCCACUCUAAUGUUCAGAAAGCAAAAGAUGAAGCAGCUGCUGCUGUAGAUCAACUUCAGGGGUCUGAAUCUGAGGUUAAAGCUCUACGCUCUAUGACACAAAGGAUGAUUUUAACCCAGAAUGAGAUGGAAGAUGUUGUUCUGAAACGAUGCUGGCUUGCACGAUAUUGGGGUUUAGCAACUCAGUUUGGCAUUUGUGCAGAUAUUGCUGCUUCAAAACACGAGUACUGGUCAUCCUUCGCACCUCUUCCUUUUGAAUUGGUCAUCUCUGCUGGCCAAAAGGCAAAGGAAGAAUGUUUGGAAAAAGGUGAUGACAAUCCAGAGAUGGGAAAGUUUGUUCAGGAUUUGAAUGAUCUCACUGGAGAAGGGAAUAUAGAAAGCAUGCUUUCUGUUGAAAUGGGCUUGAAUGAACUUGUUUCUUUGAAGGUUGAGGAUGCCAUAGUGCUUGCACUGGCUCAACAACGGCGUCCAAACUCUGCUCGAACAUCGAUUUCAGACAUCAAAUCACCAAGUGAUCCGAAGUAUAUGGAGGCAUUUGAACUCAGCCCGGAGGAGUCUGAGGAUGUUCUUUUCAAGGAGGCAUGGCUGACUUACUUUUGGAGGAGAGCAAAAGCCCAUGGUAUACAGGAGGAAAAAGCCAAUAAAAGGCUUCAAUUUUGGAGUAGUCGCAGUGGGCACUCACCAACUUCUCAUGAUGCUGUUGAUGUUGAGCAAGGUCUGAUGGAGCUAAGGAAAUUGGCCAUUGAACAAAAACUAUGGGAAUCAUCUCGGAGGUGAAUUGGUCGUUGGUGGAGAUUCUUCCGUUACUGAAGAGAAGUCUUCCCUACAGUCUAAUAUUACUGCUUGCGAUCUAUUUUACUCACUGCAUUCAAGCUCUUUUUCCGCUCACUGUAGUAUCCUUCCCAAGACUCAUGUAGUACAUAUGGUUCCAAUCUUUUUCUGUUUAGGUCCAACAGGAAGGGAGGGUGUCCAGUUAAGGUUACACGGAUUUUUAUUUAGUACAAACACGAGCACCUUAAGCAUGA